GUGGCAAGUUGUUUGUUUCACUGUUACCAGCUGCUGGACUAUUCCAAUCCCUGUCGGAGAGAAUACACGGGGACCGACAGUCAUUCUCUUCCUCCCCGUUUACCUCAUUGUGAUUAUUUUAUUACACCCUGCUUCUAUUUUUACCUCUCUUUCAUUAUUUUCCGAAGUGGAUAACUUGUCCUUCUCCCUCCCUUGCUUUCUGCUACGUUUCACGGUUUUUAUAAGCUAUAUAGGUGUAUUUAUUUGUUUUUUUAUUAGAAACGAUAUACAUUUAUGUCUUAGAUGUUCCUCAAAUGAGAAGACUCAAAUGAUGGAGUUGCAUAUUUUAGAACACAGCUUGAAAGUAGCGAGUAUAGCAAAAGAGGGCAUUCAGAUUUGCACUCACGGAUUAAUCAAACUCGCCUUCUUGCCCUCUAAAACAAGAUGCAAGUUUUUCAGUUUGACGGAAACUCCGGAGGAUUAUACCAUUAUCGUCGAUGAGGAAGGCUUCAAAGAACUGCCCGAGUCGGAGCACCUUAGUGUCGCCGAGGCCACGUGGUUGGCUCUCAACGUGGUGUCGGGGGGCGGGAGCGCCACCAACUCUCAACCAAUCGGAGUCACCAAAAUAGCCAAGUCUGUCAUUGCCCCCCUGGCAGACCACAACAUUUCUGUGUUUAUGCUGUCUACCUAUCAGACUGACUUUAUCUUGGUUCGAGAGCGGGACCUGCCCAUGGUCAUGCACACCCUGUCUUCUGAGUUCACCCUGCUGAGGGUGAUCAAUGGAGAGACCGUGGCCGCCAACAGCCUGGGAGUCACCAAUGGCUUUGUCAAGCCUAAACUCGUGCCCCGUCCCAUCAUCCACCCUCUUUCCAGCCCCAGUAACAUGUUCUGUGUGACCAGCCUGGACCCGGACACACUGCCCUCGGUGGCCACCCUGCUCAUGGACGUCAUGUUCUACUCAGGCGGCAUGAAGGAGCCCGGGGCGUCUAGCGAGGACUCUGGUCACAUCCGCUUCUUCUCCUUCUCUCUGAUUGAGGGCUACAUCUCUCUGGUCAUGGAUGAGCAGACCACACCACGGUUUCCAAACAAUGUCCUCUUCACUAGUGCUUCAGGGGAGCUUUGGAAAAUGGUUCGCAUUGGAGGACAGCCUUUAGGAUUUGACGAGUGCGGUAUUGUGGCUCAAAUAUCGGAACCCCUGGCGACUGCUGACAUUCCAGCUUAUUACAUCAGUACCUUCAAGUUUGACCAUGCCCUGGUCCCAGAAGAAAACAUCCAGAGUGUGAUUGGAGCUUUGAGGACCAAUGAGAGCGCAGGACAGUGAAUGGGAGAUGGGAAGAGACAGUGGAAUUAGGGAGCCCUGUGCCCUCACACCCACACGUUGUUUUAUCAUGUCGAACUCAUUUUUUUUUUUAAGUGCCAAGAGCGUAUCAGUGGACUGCUGUGGGGGGUGAUUCUGGGAACAGGGUAAUGUAAAGCUUGGGUGGUGUAGAUGGGGUACAGGGGAAGGACGGUGUGUGUCUGUGUAGAGAUGCAUUUGUUCAGCGAUCAGCAACGUGCCCCUCCUACGUGCCAACUACGCAAUCCUACCCACCACAUCACCCCCUUGACCAUCCACUCUUACCCCAAACAUCCACUUCUUUGGGGACCCAAAGCUAGGGUAACUGCAGUGGUUUUUUUUUAUUUUCUCUCGCUCUCCUUUUUCUUUCUCCUCUCCCUCCCCUCACACCAUUUCACCAUGUCAACGCGGCCUACUAAGUUUGGGCCUAUCUCUUCGACACCAGCCCGGAAUGCUGCGACCCGGCCGUCACCUCCUUUUACUUUGGCACCCACGCGGCCAAUGACAGCCUAUACUGGUGCUUUAGUAUACCACACUUUCCUUCCUAACUUUGCAUUGUUUCUUCCCAUAACAACCAUACUGUAUUAGUUACCAGUUCUCCCCAUAACAACCAUACUGUAUUAGUUACCAGUCCUCCCCAUAACAACCAUACUGCAUUAGUUACCAGUCCUCCUCAUAACAACCAUACUGUAUUAGUUACCAGUUCUCCCCAUAACAACCAUACUGUAUUAGUUACCAGUUCUCCCCAUAACAACCAUACUGUAUUAGUUACCAGUCCUCCCCAUAACAACCAUACUGCAUUAGUUACCAGUCCUCCCCAUAACAACCAUACUGUAUUAGUCACCAGUUCUCUCCAUAACAACCAUACUGUAUUAGUUACCAGUCCUCUCCAUAACAACCAUACUGUAUUAGUUACCAGUUCUCCCCAUAACAACCAUACUGUAUUAGUUACCAGUUCUCCCCAUAA